CAACGACCGUCGAGGCCACCGCAAACGCUCUCAUCUGCUACCAUCUCUACUUGUAUACUAUUCUCUAAUCUUCGUCAGGCCUUCAAUGUCUUCGACGACUACCGAGCAGCAACAACAAUCGACCCUCUCCGUUUCGCCCUCGAUCUCGAGGCAGAGCUCGCCGCCGUCAGAGCUCAGGCGGAUAACUUCGAACACGAAUAUUGCGACGCCCCGCGACUCGAAUCGAGAGCACCGUCUCUCGGCGCGGCAGUCGCAGCUGUUGCAGACAGCGCCCCGGCUCGGAUCUAGGUCUCCGGCCUCAAUUCCUUCAUCACCAACAUCCGUCCACUCCUCAUCGUCCGCGAUAUUCGAGCGCGACAUCGAACCUCUCACCCCGUCACCUCCAUCCCACCCCCAGAAUCCUCAUCUAAUCCCGCGCUCGAAGGGCACAGAAGCGAUCGAACAGAGCGUGCCAUCGGUCCUCGACAGCGCUGCUGCCGUUCUGACAUCCACGUCCCCCGAAGAUGAAGACUUCGUCGCAGUCGUCGCGCCCGCACCCGAAAUUGUCAGCGGGUAUGCGAGCGGCUUCACAUCUCCCAUCGAGAGUGGGCGGAGCCGUAGCCCGAGCCCUGGCGCAUCUGCGAACCGGACGAGUCUCCUCCUCAGCCUGCCCUCUCCCCCACCCAGUCAUGCGCGUCCGUUAUACGGGACAAGCUCCGUGAAUGGCCCCUCUUCGCCUAUCCGUCCUAGUGUGCAGACCCAGCCGCAGCAGCGAUCCGAAGUCCACACCCCGUCGGAUGGCCCGCAGCCGCUGUCGACACCGACGUCGGCGUACUUUUCCGUUGCGUCACUCUCGUCCGCCGGCUCGUCGCCGACUACCACUACCGUUGAGCACCCGUCCGAUACCUUGCACACCCCCACAUCGAGCGCAGUCUCUCCUGCCGAGACUCACAACACCCUCGCGUCGGCGACCUCGCCCUCAGCCGCAGCCUUGUCCGCCACCAACAGCACCGGUAUCUCGCAUCCGCCCUCGCCGAAGAGCAACGCCGCCAAGCGCCUGUCGUUCAUGUCCUACUCGGACCUCCUCUCGUCUACGCCUGCUUCGACUCUCCCGCUCUCUUCCCUUACCUCGUCCGCGAUGGUCAACGAUCCUCCGCCGCAUAUCCCCACCGUGAGCGGCUUUACGCAGACGCAGUCCCAGGCGCAUUCGGCGGCGUCUUCCAUCCACCACGGUGUUGCCGCCGGCUUGGCCCAAAUGAAGGAAGGUCCUCUGGAUCCGAUCCUUCUCGAGGAUGACGGCGGCGAGUGGGAACGCGAAGGUCUCGGCAAAGGACUCGAGGAGCGGCUCGAGGCCCUCAUGACAGCGAGCGGAAAGGCGUGAGAUGUACGUUAGAAGACCAAGGUAGAAGGGAAGAUGCUGCAUUCGGUACGAUAUCUGAUUAUGACGUUCAUGACCAUGCCUUUUCAUUCGGUUACAAGUAUGCUAUACGUUACGUUCUAAUGCGGGUUCCCGUGCUUCUUUGCUCUCGAGGUUUACGCUACGCUCACGGUUCUAGGUUAACUAGCUGUCUCUUUGUACAGAUUGAUCCCUUUGGUGUCGAAGUCUGCUAAGAAAGUUAUUGUACAUUGCAAAGGAAAUGUAAAUAGCCGG